UUGAAAUUCUAAAUUGGCCGAGGCGAGUCAAACGAAACUUUUGCCAAGCUUUAAAGCUCCCUUCCAGUCGGAUGUAUCUAAAUAUACACGAUAAACAAAUCUAUUUUAAAAAAACACGAUGUUUCUGUGAUAUCCACAGCAACUGGAAGAUACCACAAUACAAACAUGAGAGGCUUGCUGAUAGUUUUAUGUUAUUUCUGCUGUGUGGACGGAUAUACCAUCCAAGAUCAGACACAACUUCACACAAACCUUACCCCGGGAUACGAUCGAAGGGUAAGGCCAGGAAUCGACAGAACGACCCCCCUGCAAAUUGAUAUCAAAUUCUUCCUGACCAGUUUGAAAGACUUUUCGGAAGGACUAAGUAAAAUUGGUAUUGUGGGAUCACUUAGUCUUCAAUGGACAGAUUCCCGACUCGCAUGGAACCCUACCAACUAUGGUGGAGACCUGUACGAUACAACACUCUUUAUAUCUGAUAUUUGGGUACCUUUUCUGGUUUUGAUGAAUCCAUACGAUAAAUUUAGAAAGGUACUAUUAGACGGAAUGUCUUGCAAAGUAUCCUCUAAAGGAGAAGUUUCAUGUUCACCUCCUGACCUUUAUGAAGCCACUUGUGAUGCUGACGUCACUUAUUACCCGUUUGAUUCGCAGACGUGCACCUUGAAAUUUUAUGUUCCCGCUCUAAGCCCGUCAGAUAUUAUUCUUAGGCCAAGAUCUUCUACAUUUGACAUGCUGUUGUACGAGGAGAAUGGAUUGUGGUCUCUCACAAGCACUCGUCUAUAUUAUCACGUCAACGUGUAUAAUUUUGAGGAACUUCGACUGGAAAUCAACAUGAAGCGAAGAACCGAGUAUUACAUCGCCGGGUUAAUUCUACCUAUCUGUUUCAUGAAUUUUCUUCAGAUUUUAGUGUUCGUUUUGCCCGUGGAGUCCGGAGAGAGGAUGGGAUUUUCUAUCACCGUUUUACUGGCUGUCGCUGUGUUCCUCACAAUAAUACAAGACAAGCUACCCGAGGCAUCAGAACCGAAUGUAUCGUAUUUAACUUACAAACUUUUGGUCGACAUGUUGCUUGGUUGUGCUAUGAUGAUAGCCGUGGUAUUUGGGAUGAAUUUCUACCAUAAAGCAGACGACAAGGAGAUUUCCGCCAGACUGAAGAGUUUCACCCGCGGCGUGAUAAUGUGUCGUGAACGUAAAAUAUCUACAGCGUCAAUACAAAAGUAUGGGGAUACGGAGAAAUCUGCAGUAGAAUGUGUAAACGAUGACGCGGGCAGUGACGUCGCAUGGACCGUCACUUGGAACGAUGUUGGAUUAGCUUUCGACAGACUGUUUUUAAUUCUUUUCGUUGUUUUAUUGGUUUCUAAUAAUUUACUAUAUCUUGUGAUGAUGGCAGUCAUCGGUUCAUGAUAAUUUACUAUAUCUUGUGAUGAUAACAGUAAUCGGUUCAUGAAAAUUUGAGUGGAACUUCGACAUAUCAUUUUUAAAAGUUGCUUUUCUAUAUGAAGUGAUUUGUCCAACAGAGACACUUUUGUUGUAUCCUUAAAUCUUUCCUCAUCUCGAAAAUUGUGAUCAAUGCUUUACAUGAUAUGAUAUGAUAAUAUAUGCA